GGUGCAUUAGAGCGAUCUAUCUGUGCUCUGUUGUGUCUGUUAUUGUACUUACUGCUACUAGUAGUAGGGUGUUACAUACUCGUGAGAGUUGAAAACGUGUGCGCUCCACCUCGGCCUCAGUAUGCUAAAUGUAGAGCUACAACAGUCCUUAUUGGCUAAGGAAGAACCCGCCCAUUGUGUUCUGCAUCCCGAUUGGCUGGAGACCGUUGUCAAUCAAUCUCCUUCGUGCCGUUUCCUGUUGUGGACAAUUGUCGCUAGCGAACUCAACUGUGUGAGUGGCUUGCUAACCGCCAAUAUAAACGAAGACGCUAACCUGUAUAAUGAAUCUUCGGUUCAAGGAGUUGGACGAGGAGGAUUACGGCAGGAGCGAUGUUUUAAUAAGGAUACAAAACGGCGCCAGGACCGGGCAAGGUCAUGGUUGGUGUCAGGUGGCGUUCCUGGAUCUUCCUCGGCUUUCAAAGGAUGGCUCUUUAGAGUGGCGCUGUCAAGCGGGCAAGACCCGGGCACCACUGCCGCAGAUGAGGACAUCCCGGAGGGUGCAUCCACCCUCGCAUUCGUGUUUGACGUGACCGGCUCCAUGUACGACGACUUGGUCCAAGUUAUAGAGGGAGCGUCCAAGAUUCUGGAGACAUCCCUUAGUCGGCCGAAUAGACCGCUCUACAACUUCGCCUUGGUCCCCUUCCAUGACCCAGAAAUCGGCCCAGUAACGAUCACAACAGACCCGAAGAAAUUCCAGUAUGAGCUGAGGGAGCUGUAUGUUCAGGGAGGAGGGGACUGUCCGGAGAUGAGCAUUGGCGCCAUAAAAAUUGCUUUGGAGAUCUCGCAGCCUGGAUCCUUCAUUUACGUCUUUACAGAUGCCCGGUCCAAAGAUUACAAGCUCACCUAUGAAGUCCUUCAGCUCAUUCAGCAGAAACAGUCCCAGGUUGUGUUUGUGUUGACGGGGGACUGCGAUGACAGGACUCAUAUUGGCUACAAGGUAUACGAGGAAAUUGCCUCCACCAGCUCUGGGCAGGUCUUCCAUCUAGACAAGAAACAGGUCAAUGAGGUUUUGAAAUGGGUAGAGGAAGCCGUGCAGUCCUCAAAGGUCCACCUGUUGUCAACUGAUCACAUCACUGGGGUCAGCAACACCUGGUGGAUACCCUUUGACCCCAGUCUCAAGGAAGUCACUGUUGCUCUCAGUGGACCAGCACCUGACAUCCAGAUUAUAAACCCCCAGGGGAACAUCAUGGGGAAGAGUGAUGGUCUGACAGAGCUCUUGCACAUUCCCAACUCUGCCAAAGUAGUCAACAUCAAGGACCCGCAGCCCGGGAUGUGGUCUAUCAAGAUUUCUAGCGAUGGAAGACACUCAGUCCGUAUCUCAGGUCUCAGUACCAUUGACUUUCGUGCUGGGUUUUCUCGAAAGCCCACCCUGGAUUUCAAGAAGACGAUUAGUCGUCCAGUUAAAGGUAUUCCCACCCACAUCCUGCUGAACACCACUGGACUUUCUCCUCCUGCUCAUGCUGACAGGCUAGACCUCAUGACAAUCACGGGGAAAAUUAUUAAAACGCUGCCAAUCCGCUACUACCCUGAACGCCAACCAUACGGCCUCUGGAACAUCACUGAUUUUAUUCCACCAAAUGAAGCUUUCUUCCUGCGGCUGACAGGAUACGACCAAAAUGGUUUUGUCUUCCAGAGGGUCUCUAGUGUGUCUUUCUCAAGUAUUAUACCAGAUGCCCCUAAGGUGCUGAUGCCAGCCACAACUCAUGGUUAUUAUCUCCAGAAAGGGGCUGUUCGAUGUCAAGUGGAGAGCUUGAUUCCCUUCACGCUGCGCUUCAGCAGUGAUGGAAGACGACUUGGGGUGGAUCAGUUGUUCAGGGAGUCUGAAAGUGCAUCAUGGGAGAUAGAAGAGGUGACUUUAAAGGAUGAAGGCUAUUACGAGUGUAUUGCUGUCAGCACUGCCGGCACAGGACGAGCUCGCACCUUUCUGGAUGUAUCAGAGCCGCCUCCUGCCAUCACAAUUGAAGGAAAUGUCACAGCUUCUCCCGGCUCUCAAGCUGUCUUCACCUGCCACGUUGUCAGCACAGUCAGCUUCAACCUCACAUGGCUGAGAGAGGGCCUCGAUGCCCGUCUGGACCCUCGGGUGCACGUCCAGACCAACCUCUCGCUCCAGGUGUCUGCUGUCACGCCAGAUCAUGCCGGCUGGUACGAGUGUAUUGCUGUGAAUGAAGGAGGGAUGACAGCAGAGCGAAUCUACCUCACUGUGCAAGAGGUGCCAAGAGUUUCAGUGGAACCUCGGAACCAGACGUUUACAAUAGGAGAAGAAGUGAAGAUAAGAUGCUCAGCCAGUGGCUACCCUCCACCCAGAUUGGUCUGGACACACAAUGGCAUGUUUAUCAUGGCGUCAAGCAGACACAGAAUGACAUCUGAUGGCACGUUAACAAUAAGAAACAUGGAGAAGAUGGAUGGAGGCGUUUACGGCUGCUUGGCCAGCAAUCUAGCUGGAACUGAUUCAAUGGCUGCCAUCAUCACCUACAUCGAAUCUCCUGUAGUAACAGUAGCUGCUGAUGAGAUUCUUAAUGGCAUUGGAGAAACCACCGUGAUGGCCUGUUCUGCAUCUGGAAUCCCACAUCCUGAGAUCUGGUGGUACAAAGGUGAUGUCCAAUUGCAUUCAACUCAAUCAGUGGACGUAGAUGCCCUGGCAGGUACAUUGACCAUCAAAAAUACCCUGGAUGUUGAUGCUGGAGACUACACUUGUGUGGCUUCCAACACUGCUGGCACCUCAUCAGGGAAGGUUUUUCUUGAUGUUGGAGCUGCACCAAAGUUCACUCAAGAACCCUUAGACAUGGCAGUGGACAUCGGCUCCAAUGUGACACUGCCAUGCCAAGCCCAAGGCUAUCCAGAGCCACAGGUCACCUGGAGGAGGCAAGACGGUGUGCCCCUUUUCCACAAGCAACACAGGCGCAGCGCCAUCACUCAGAGCAGAGAAGGUCUUCAUAUCACCAGCCUGUGGGUGGAGGAUGAGGCAGAAUAUGUCUGUGAGGCUUCCAACCAUUUUGGCAAGAUCCAGUCCCAAGCCAGCAUCACUGUGACAGGCCUGGUGUCGCCUGUCAUUGCAAUGAGUCCAGCAGUGAUCAAUGUGAUUGAGGACCGGCAGGUAAGUUUACCCUGUGUGCUGUUGGCUGGAAAUCCUCUGCCUGAAAGACAAUGGCUGCACAACUACGGUCUUUUAACCUCAGAUGAGUAUGUGACUGUGAGGAAGGAUGGGAGUCUUCAUAUUGAGAGAGUCCAUCUGGAUGACACUGGGGACUACACCUGCUUGGCUGAGAACGUUGUUGGGGCCGCCAACCAUACUACAACAGUCAAUGUCUAUGUGAUUCCUGUCAUUCAGCAUGGCCCUCAAGUGUUCAGCACUAUUGAAGGGACACCCAUCUCUCUGCCCUGCCAUGCCAGUGGGGUACCUACACCCGAGAUCACCUGGUCUAAGGGUGGGGAGCUUGUUUACUUGGGUGGUCCGGCUUUCUCCCUGGACUCUGAAGGCAGCCUCCUCAUCACCUCACCCUCUGGAAAUGAGACGGGAGAGUUCCUCUGCACAGCUGCCAAUGAUGCCGGCCACACCUCGAGAAAAGUUCAGCUCACUGUCUAUGUCCGUCCGAGGUCCAAUGCUGGAAGUGUCAGCAGCUCCUCUGAGCAAAAAAGAAUGUCAGUGAUUGAGGGUGAGGAUGCCAUUUUACCAUGUGAGGUCCACAGUGUCCCCCCACCCACUAUAAGCUGGGCUAAGGAGAGGCAGCUCAUUUCCCCUUACUCUCCAAGGCACACGCAGCUACCCUCAGGCUCAUUGAAGAUCUUAGAAACCAAAGUGUCAGACAGUGGACUCUAUGUGUGUGUCGCUUCCAACAUUGCAGGCAACCUAACUCAGUUCAUUAAACUGAGUGUUUUGGUGCCCCCUAGUAUCCAGGCUGGUCCCAAGGUAAUGAAGGUCCAGAUGGGUCACCCAGUCGAGCUUCUGUGUAUAGUACACGGAGUACCCAAGCCCACCCUUUCCUGGACGAAGGAUGGCAAGAGGUAUCCCGUGUCACCUGAUGGUAGCCUGACUUUGGGCCCAGUGGGGCUCGAUGAUGAAGGAACCUACACAUGUACGGCAUCUAACAUUGCAGGCAAAGAUGAAGCUCAAGUUCAACUUAUACUACAAGUUCCCCCAGUGGUUGAAGUAUUGGAGCCCCCUUUCAAUAGUCCCUUGCAGGAGAGAGUUGCCAACCAGCGUAUUGCCUUCCCCUGCCCUGCCAAAGGCCUUCCUAAGCCAGUAAUUCGAUGGUUGCGUAACGGCCAGGAGCUGACAGGUAAUGAGCCUGGUGUGUCCAUUUUGGAGGAUGGCACAUUGUUGAUUCUGGCAUCUUUGUCACCACUGGACGACGGGGAGUAUGUUUGUGCUGCCGCCAAUGACGCUGGGUCCACUGAGAGGAAGUACCAGCUCAAAGUCAAUGUGCCCCCAGCUCUUCGUGAUAGUGACACAUCUGGAAACAUGUCCGUGGUUCUGAGCCAGCCUACCACUUUGAUAUGUGAUAUCACAGGAAGUCCAACCCCAGUUAUCACCUGGUACAAAGAUGGAACUACAGUAGUGGCUAGUAACAGCAUUCAGAUUCUUGAUAUGGGGAAAACCUUGAAACUACUGAAGGCAGCCAAAGCAGAUGCAGGCAGCUACACCUGUAAAGCCAUCAACAUUGCUGGCAGCACAGAAAAAUACUUCUUUCUGGAUGUACUGGUCCCACCGGCCAUUGCUGGGUCCAACUCUCCACAAGAUAUGUCUGGAAUUCUAAAACAGGAGAUCAGAUUGGAGUGCAAGGUGCAAGGAGUGCCAUUCCCAACAAUUCAUUGGUAUAAGGACAGAAAACUGGUAUUUCUUGGGGAUCCUAAUCUGGAAGUCAUCAACCAAGGUCAAAUUUUAAGAAUAAAGAGUGCCCGUCUAGGAGACCAGGCCAGGUAUCAAUGUAGUGCCGUGAAUACAGCUGGCAAACAGUCCAAGGAUUUUAAUCUCAGCGUGUAUGUUCCCCCAACCAUCAAAGGUGGUAACCAAACGACAGAAGUUACCAACCUGCUGGAGACGGUGGUAACACUGGAGUGUGAGGCACGUGGGGUACCGCUUCCCACCAUCACCUGGUACCGAAGAGGAGAGGCCAUCCUGUCUAGCCGUCAGUCUCAAUAUGUAGAGCGGGGCCGUUACCUGAAAAUCCCUCGGGUGCAGGCAUCUGAUGCAGGCCAGUACACCUGCAAGGUGACCAGUGUGGCUGGAACCGCUGAAAAGAACUUUGAGCUUGAUGUCUACUUGCCUCCUUCCAUAGCAGGGGUGCAGAGUGGGCCCGCUGAAAAAAAGGUGGUGCUCAGUAAGCCGCUCCACCUGGAGUGUGAGGCAGGUGGUUACCCUCCCCCUUCCCUUACCUGGUUGAAGGAUGGUGUUCCUGUCCGCGAUGGAGAGAGUGUCCGUGUGCUUGAUCAAGGGAAGAAAAUAGAAAUCCUGUCAGCAAUGGUUUCAGACUCCGGUCGUUACGUUUGUGUGGCAACCAGCAUCGCCGGGGAGACGGAAGUCAAGUACGACGUCAAAGUUUUAGUCCCACCUUUUAUUGAUGGAGCAGAUGAAGUGACUGACAGCACAGUGAUAGUCAACAGCCCCCUGGAGCUGGACUGCCACACCACUGGGACACCUGCACCUGUCAUCACGUGGUAUAAAAAUGGGCAACGAGUCAGCCAAGGUGAUGGGUUGCGGCUUGCACCCAAUGGGUUGCGACUGGUUAUUCCUCGCACUCAGGUCUCUGACAAAGGUCACUUUCAAUGUGUGGCCACCAAUGAAGCAGGAGAUCACGAGAAGGACUUCAAUGUGAUUAUACAUGUGCCUCCAUCCAUUCGUACCACUGGGACUGCUGAACGUGCGGUGGUUCUACAUAAAGCCAUCAGUCUGGAGUGUAUCUCCAGUGGCGUCCCUCCUCCCACCAUUACCUGGCUUAAAGAUGGUCGACCUGUUGAUACAUCACAGGAGCAGUUUAAGCUGGAAUCAGCAGACAGAGUGCUAAAGGUCACAAGGGCAAGACAAGAGGAUUCUGGGAAGUACACCUGUCUGGCCACAAAUGCUGCUGGCGAAGCUCAAAAGAACAUAAGGCUAAGCGUCCAUGUGCCCCCCAUCAUUUCUCCCUCUGGAGACAUCAUCAACCAGACCAUCCUGUCUGGCUUCUCUACUCAGCUUGAGUGCAAGGCCACAGGCAGCCCAUUACCAGCAAUAUCAUGGUACAAAGAUGGCCGACCUCUAACAAGCGCAGCUGGGGUGACCAUGCUGAAACGUGGCCAGGUUCUGGAGAUUGAAAGAGCUCAGCUCUCUGACACCGGGAUAUACAGAUGUGUAGCAGUCAACUUGGCUGGAGCUGCAGAGAUAUCCCACAGCUUGCAGGUGUUCGUGCCUCCACUCAUCUCCAGCCAAGGUGGCACAGUAACAGUGGUCGUGAACGAGGCUGGCAAGCUGGAAUGUGAGGCCACUGGGGUGCCUUUACCCAGCCUCACCUGGCUCAAAGAUGGUAGCCCCGUGGCAAGCGUCUCCCACGGCGUACAGGUCUUGUCUGGUGGCAGAGUGCUGUCUCUUAACAGUGCACAGGUGAGUGACACAGGCAGGUACACCUGUGUCGCUGUCAACGCUGGAGGAGAGCAACAAAGAGAUUAUGAUCUGAGGGUUUAUGUGCCACCCAACAUCAAGGGUGAGGAGAUGAACGCCACUGUGAUGCUUGGUAGUCCUGUGGAGCUGCACUGCCUGAGUGACGCCAUUCCUCCACCCACUUUGUCGUGGCGCAAAGAUGGGCGCCCACUGUUCAGGAAGCUUGGUUUAACAGUCUCAGCGGAUGGGAGCUUACUCAAGGUUGACAGUGCUCAGGUUCAGGACUCUGGCAGGUAUACGUGUGAAGCCACUAACGUUGCUGGAAAAACUGACAAGAACUAUAAUGUGAACGUGUGGGUUUCUCCCAGUAUCCGAGGCUCAGAGGAGGUGUCACCGCUCACAGUGAUAGAAGGAAGUCUCAUCACUCUGGUGUGUGAAUCCAGUGGAAUACCACCUCCUAGUCUGACUUGGAGGAAGAAUGGUGCGGCACUCCAAUCCAGCCAGCGACUGAGGAUUUUGUCAGGAGGUCGACAGCUCCAAGUCUCCAGUGCUGAGCGGACAGAUACGGCUUCUUAUGUCUGUACGGCCUCCAGUGCAGCCGGCAGCACCUCUAAGGAGUACAGCCUGCAGGUUUAUGUGCGGCCUUCCAUCAGACGCAGCGAGGGAGACACGGACGACGUGAUAGUGACAAAAGGAGGGGACGUGACGCUGCAGUGUGCCGCAGACGGUGUGCCACGACCAGCAGUCACUUGGCUGAAAGACGGACGGCCCAUCACAGGCCAGCAUGGUGCCAAGGUUCUUAAUGAAGGGAGGCUGCUGCAGAUUAAAGAUGCUAAAGUGUCAGACACGGGACGCUACACCUGUAUUGCUGUUAAUGUGGCAGGGCAGGCAGACAGCAAGCAUGAUAUCAGCGUGCAUGUUCCACCAACUAUUAUUGGUCAGGUUCAAUUUCCAGAAAACGUCAGUGUUGUUGUAAAGAAUCCACUUGCUCUUAGCUGUGAGGCUUCAGGCAUUCCUCUCCCAACCAUCAUCUGGCUGAAGGAUGGCCGGCCAAUAAAAGGAACCAGUUCUGUUCGUGUACUCUCAGGUGGGCGUAGCCUGCGUCUAAUGCAUGCUGCAGUAGAGGAUGCUGGGAGGUACACCUGCAUUGUGUCAAACAGCGCUGGUGAAGAAAAGAAGGACUUUGACCUUGACAUCCUUGUUCCACCAAGCAUUGUGGAUGAAGAAGGUGUUACUGACACAAAGGUGAAGGAGCGACACAACAUCACCCUGACCUGUGAGGUCUCAGGUAACCCAGUUCCUGAGGUUAAAUGGCUAAAAGAUGGGCAACAACUACUACCUGACAGGCGCCACCAUGUCUUGUCUCAUGGUCGUUACCUCCAAAUUUCUGGUGCCCAAGUGGCUGACACUGGCAGGUACAGCUGCCUGGCAUCAAACAGCGCAGGGGAUCGCAGUCGCCAUUUCAACCUCAAUGUCCUGGUUUCCCCCACCAUUUCUGGGUCAGGACCGGAUGGUUCAGCAGAGGAGGUGACAGUGACGCUCAGCAGCCCCACCUCACUGGCAUGUGAAGUUCAGUCUUACCCUCCUGCUCUGAUCACCUGGCUCAAAGACGGCACUGCUUUUGAGUCCAGCCGUAGCGUCCGAGUUCUUCCAGGUGGACGCACCCUGCAGAUUCUCAGUGCAAAAAAAGAGGAUGCUGGGAGAUACACCUGUGUUGCCACUAAUGAGGCUGGAGAGACACUGAAGCACUAUGAGGUCAAAGUCUAUGUUCCUCCACAGAUCAAUAAAAAUGAUAUCCCAGGAGAAGGGUUGGCCCCUAAAGAUGUCAAGAUCAAGGUCAACAGCACACUUACCCUGGAGUGUGCGGCUCAGGCCUUUCCUACCCCAGCACUGCAGUGGUACAAGGACGCACAGAUUCUGCAGGCAGAUGAGCAUGUGUCCAUCACAGCGAAUGGUCGUAUUGUUCAGAUCAAACACGCUCAGGUGUCUGACACCGGCCGCUACACCUGCAUUGCCACUAAUGUCGCUGGAGAAGACGAGAAGGACUUUGAUGUAAAUAUACAAGUUCCUCCUAAUUUCAACAGACCUGGAGGAGCUGGUGACAUAACAUCGCCCCUUGGCUUUGGAGUAGAUGCUCGUGAUGUGGUACUCAAUAAUCCAAUCUCUUUGUAUUGUGAGACCAAUGCCGUACCCCCUCCAACACUUACCUGGUUUAAAGAUGGGCAGCCAUUGGUGUCCAAUGACAACAUUCUGAUUCUGCCAGGAGGAAGAGUGUUACAAGUCCCCAGGGCUCAGGCAGAGGACGCGGGCAGAUACGCAUGUGUGGCUGUCAAUGAAGCAGGAGAAGACUCCAUUCAGUAUGAUGUCAGAGUAUUAUUGCCCCCAACUAUACGAGGAGCGCACAGCGAUUUGCCUGAUGAGGUGACAGUCUUGGCAAAUAAAACAACAUUACUGGAAUGCCACGUGGAUGGAAAUCCCACUCCCAAGAUCACCUGGUUUAAGGACAGCGAGCCACUCAGCCCCGAAGGACCUCAUAGGAUUCUGUCCAAUGGCAGAGCACUUCAGGUGUUAAAUGCUCGAGUGACCGACACAGGACGCUAUGUGUGUGUGGCUGACAAUGCAGCUGGAAGUGUUGAAAAAUCUUUCAAUCUCAAUGUUCACGUUCCUCCUACUAUUUUAGGCCUAAAUCCUGAGAAUGUGACAGUGGUGGUCAACAACUUUGCAUCCCUGUCGUGUGAGGCCACUGGCUUCCCCCCUCCAACCUUGAGCUGGUUAAAUGACAGGGGUCCUAUUCAGGGCAACACCAAUGCACUCAUUAUGCCAGGUGGUCGUACUUUACAGAUCAUGAAAGCUAAAGUAGCCGAUGGAGGAAAGUACAGCUGUGUUGCCAUGAAUGCAGCAGGAGAGGCUUACAAGAGCAUCUACCUUACAGUUUUUGUUCCUCCAAGUAUCCGGGACAAUAAUGGGGACUCUCCCGUGGUUUGGAAUGUACUUGCUGGUAAAUCCAUAACUCUGGACUGUGAGUCCAAUGCAGUACCUCCUCCUACUAUCAGCUGGUACAAGAAUGGAAGGAUGGUGACGGAAUCAGACAACCUGCACAUGCUGGCAGGGGGUCACAUGCUUCAGAUCAGAGACUUGGAGGUAUCUGAUACUGGACAAUAUGUUUGCAAGGCUACCAACAUUGCUGGUCAGGUGGACAAGAACUUCCACCUGAAUAUUUAUGUUCCUCCUGUUAUUGAUGGCCCAGCUGAGGAAAACGUUGUGGAAACCAUUAGUAACCCAGUCACCUUUGCCUGCGAUGCAACUGGGAUCCCCCCUCCUAUUCUCACUUGGCUAAAGAAUGGACAACCAUUAGAGAGCUCAGGUUCUUUGGAGAUGCACAUCUUCUCUGGAGGAAGCAAGCUCCAGAUUGCUCGUACUCAGAUGUCAGACAGUGGCGUUUAUACGUGCUUGGCCUCCAAUGUGGAAGGCAAAGCUCAGAAAAACUACUACCUCACCAUACAAGUCCCUCCCAGUAUCUCAGGAUCAGAACUGCACAGUGAGAUUGGAGUCCUGCUUAAUGAAAGCAUAGAGUUGGUUUGUCAAGUCCAGGGAUCCCCAACGCCAACCAUCCAGUGGUUAAAGGAUGGGGAGAUCAUCAGCAAAGCAGGGAGUAAUGGGUUCAGGAUCAGCCCAGAUGGCAGCAUUCUCACUUUGACUGCUUCUCACACCACUGACAGUGGCAAGUACACUUGUGUUGCCUCCAACAGUGCAGGAGAAGAAGACAGGAUAUUCAAUUUGAAUAUAUAUGUUCCCCCUGCGAUUGAAGGCAACAGUCAAAACGUUGAGGAGUUGACAGCAGUCCUAGACAGCUCAGUCAACAUUGAAUGUGUUGCUGCCGGUUCUCCUCCGCCACAGCUUAAUUGGCUGAAAAAUGGCCUUCCACUUCCAGUGUCCACCCACGCACGCCUCAUCUCUGCUGGCCAGGUGCUCCGGAUUGCCCGUACCCAAGUCUCAGAUGGUGGAACCUACACAUGUGUUGCGUCCAACAGAGCAGGAGUUGACAACAGAUAUUACAACCUGCAGGUGCAUGUCCCCCCGGUGCUGGAUGGAGUGGGGAGCACAGAGGAUGUGACUGUAGUUAGAGGAAACUUGGUUUCUCUGCUGUGUUUGGCUGAUGGCACCCCAACCCCGUCUGUUGCCUGGCUCAAAGAAGGGGUGCCUAUGUCUUUUGACACCAACCUGAGAUUACUCAACAAUAAUAGUACUGUGCAGAUCCUCCACGCUCAAGUCAGUGACGCAGGACACUACAGCUGCAUGGCUCGCAACACUGCAGGUCAAGCAAGCCGUCAUUUUAAUUUAAAAGUGCUUGACCCUCCACAAAUUAAGGACUCUGGUGUACCAGCCGAAGUUCCUGUGGUUGUUAAUAACGUACUAGAGCUUCAGUGUGAGGCCUCAGGUAUCCCUCCACCCUCCUUGACAUGGCUGAAGGAUGGGCGUCCUCUCCCACAUACAGAUAGCCUGCGACUCCUUCAAGGAGGCAAAAUUCUCCGCGUGGCCUCAGCACAGUUGGAGGACACUGGCAGAUACAGUUGCUUAGCCAACAGCCCAGCAGGGGAUGAUGACAAAGAGUUUUUAGUGCGGGUGCACGUUCCCCCGAACAUUGCGGGAGAGAGUACACCUCAGGACCUGUCGGUGUUGCAGAACAGACAGGUGACUCUGGAGUGCAAGUCUGACGCUGUUCCGCCUCCAACUCUGAGCUGGCUCAAAGAUGGUCAACCACUGCAGGUGUCUGCACGUGUGCGUGUUCUCUCAGAGGGCCGCUACUUACAGAUCAACAUGGCUGAGCUCAGUGACAGGGCUCAGUAUAUCUGCGUAGCCAGGAACAUUGCCGGCAAGACCACACGGCAGUUUAACCUGACUGUCAAUGUGGCCCCAACAAUUAAAGACGGCCCUCAGACAGUGUCAGUGCAUAUCAACAAGCCAGCUGUACUGGAGUGUAUUGUAAGUGGUGUACCAGCACCUCGAGUCACAUGGAGGAAACAUGGAACCAUCAUGGCUGGAAAUAACCCCAGGUACACAUUUAUGGAGGAUGGCUCGUUACACUUCCACUCUGCACAGGUGACCGACACCGGCCGCUACUUGUGUAUGGCAACAAACCCAGCUGGGACACAGCGCAAGAGAGUAGAUCUUCAAGUAUAUGUGCCUCCCUCUAUCAUUGAUGGUCGUACCAAUGUGACAGUGACAGUCAAUGUUCAGACCACCCUCAGCUGUGAGGCCAGUGGCAUACCCAAGCCAUCUGUGAGCUGGAUGAAAAAUGGUCAAGCCAUCAAUACGGAUCAAAACCAGAAUAUGUACAGAUUACUUUCAUCUGGUUCGCUAGUAGUGAUAGCACCCACAGUGGAGGACACAGCUUUGUAUGAGUGUGUUGUCUCUAAUGAGGCAGGAGAAGAUUCUAGAUCCAUCAGCCUCACUGUCCAGGUUCCGCCAUCAAUAGCUGAUGAACCCACAGAGCUGGUUGUAACUAGCUUGUCCCCAGUGAUCAUUGCCUGUAGUGCAUCUGGCGUCCCAGAGCCCACAAUCCACUGGAGCAAAGAUGGCUUCAAGCUGCCCAAACAGGGACAAGGAUACAGCAUCCUGGACUCCGGUCAAGUAGAGAUCAACUCAGCUGCCCUCAGUCAUGCAGGACGCUACUCAUGCACAGCUAAGAAUGCUGCAGGAUCCACCCAUCGCCAUGUGCAACUCACAGUACAGGAACUUCCUGUGAUUCAUUCCCACCCAUCCACCCUGGAUGUGAUCCUCAAUAAUCCCAUUGUUCUGCCCUGCAGAGCCACAGGCUCACCAAGGCCGACGAUCACCUGGCAGAAGGAGGGUAUUAAUAUACCCACAACAGCUGGACGUUUUACAGUACUACCUAAUGGAAGUCUUCAGAUCACCAAGACAUCUGUGUCCAACUCUGGAACUUACAUAUGUGUGGCUCAAAACCCUGCGGGGACAGCUCUGGGCAAGACCAAACUCAGAGUACAGGUCCCUCCUGUCAUCCGCUCAGAAACCCAAAAAUACACGGCACCUGUGGAUUCCUCGGUUACACUGCAAUGCCAAAGUGAUGGCCUCCCUCUACCUUCUGUCUUGUGGCUCAAAGAUGGGCAUCCCCUGAGUGAAUCUGUACGUCAGCGUGUGCUGGGUUCAGGCUCCCUACAGAUCGCCUUCAUCCAGCCGAGCGAUACGGGAGGCUACACUUGUACUGCUGCCAAUGCUGCAGGAACAAUGAGCCUGGAGAUGAGCCUUACUGUGCAAAUCCCUCCCUCCAUUCUUGGUCUAGAGCAGGAAGUAGUUGUGAUGGAAAAUAAUCAAGCUCAGCUGGCGUGUGUGGCGAAGGGCGUCCCUCCUCCGACCUUCUCCUGGGAGAAGGACGGUGUUCUUCUAGGAGAGGGCACUGGGGAGUACACCAUUUUGCCCUCUGGGGAGCUGGUUAUUGAUACUGCUCAGCCUGGUGAUGCAGGCAGUUAUACAUGUGUUGCCACCAAUGAAGUGGGUCAAGACAGUCAGACAGUGACCCUGUCUGUUCAUACUCACCCUACCUUCACUGAGCUGCUUGGAGAUGUCUCCCUUAAUAAGGGAGAUCACCUCCUGCUGGCCUGUGGAGUCAGUGGCAUCCCUCUGCCCCGGAUUACUUGGGCCUUUAACAACAACAUAAUUCCAGUUCAUUAUGACCACAUGAAAGGCCAUAGUGAGUUGGUGAUAGAGAGAGUGAGUAAAGAGGAUGCUGGCACUUACACCUGUGUGGCAGAAAACACAGUUGGAACCAUCAAGUCCCUGGGAUUUGUCUAUGUCAAAGAGCCUCCCAUCAUUGACGGGGACCUUCACUCCAAUCGCAUCGAACCUCUGGGAGGCAAUGCCAUCCUGAACUGUGAAGUUCGGGGAGAACCACUGCCCACCAUCCAGUGGAGCAAAAAUGGAAUAAACAUGCAGAUUAACAACCGCAUCCGUCAAAUGGACAACGGUUCUCUGGCCAUUUAUGGCACAGUGAGUGAAGAUGCAGGCAAUUACAUUUGUGUGGCAACAAAUGAUGCCGGUGUUGUCGAAAGAAGUGUUACGCUCACUUUACAGAGCGCACCAACUAUUAUAGUUGAGCCUGUAACAUCAAUGGUGGAUGCUGGCACUACAGUGGUGCUCAACUGCCAGGCGGAGGGUGAGCCAACCCCUUUUAUAGAAUGGUCCCGCCACGGGCGUCCUCUUUUGGGAAGGGACCACUUCGCCACUCUGUCUAAUGGCUCCCUCAGGAUAAACAAUGCCCAGAAGGAGGACACAGCUGAAUAUGAAUGUGUGGCUAGAAACUUGCUUGGAUCGGUAUUGGUUCGAGUUGGGCUCACUGUUCAAGUCCAUGGGAGUUACUCAGAGUGGGCCGAGUGGGGCCCUUGCAGUUUGACCUGUGGCGUUGGUUCUCAGAGGAGGCAGAGACAAUGUAACAAUCCUCUGCCUGCCAAUGGAGGGCGCCACUGUGCAGGAUCAGAUGUAGAGACACGUAAUUGUCAAGGGAAGCCUUGUCCAGUUGACGGUAAAUGGUCGGAAUGGUCUUCAUGGGAGGAGUGCUCUCGUAGCUGUGGUCAUGGCAACAGAACAAGGGUGCGGACUUGCAGUAAUCCACCAGCUCUGCACGGUGGAAGGUCAUGUGAGGGGAGGGCUGUGGAGGUCAUCAUGUGCAGUGUCCGACCUUGUCCAGUGGCAGGUGGCUGGGGGACUUGGCUACCUUGGAGCCCAUGCAGUGAAACCUGUGGGAAGGGUAUGCAGUCCAGAAUCCGGCUGUGUAACAACCCCCCUCCAGCAUUUGAUGGAUCACCGUGUGAGGGCACAGACACUCAAACACAAGUGUGCAAGGAGAGACCAUGUCCUGUGGAUGGGAAGUGGUCAUCGUGGGUGAGCUGGGGAGCCUGCAGUGUUUCCUGUGCGGGUGGGACCCGACAGAGAACACGCCUCUGUGCCAGCCCUGCCCCGCAACAUGGUGGCAGGCAGUGUGAAGGCAAUGACGUACACAUUGACUAUUGUAAUAGUGACCCCUGCCCAGUCAAUGGAAACUGGGGUCCAUGGAGCACCUGGGGAAGCUGCAGCAAGACAUGCAACGGAGGACAGAUGAGGCGCUACAGGACAUGUGACAAUCCUAGACCGGCCAGUGGUGGCAGAGCAUGUGCGGGCUCGGAUGCACAGAUACAGAGAUGCAACACAGCCACAUGUCCUGUUGAUGGUAACUGGGGAUCGUGGCAGCCGUGGGGAGAAUGCUCUGCGUCAUGUGGAGGUGGCGAGAGGACACGCAUUCGACUCUGUAAUAACCCUUCACCUAGCAAUGGUGGUCGUCAGUGCCCAGGAGACUCCUCCCAGCUUUCCAGGUGUAACAUUGAGGCCUGUCCAGGUGGGCCCCAAAUGGCACGAGGCAGCAUUAUAGGGAAUAUCAACGAUAUCGAGUUUGGCAUUGCCAUACUGAAUGCCACUGUCACAGACACCGAAUCUGGCAGCAAAUUCAUCAAAGCAUCCAUUUCAAACAUCCCACGAUCAUUAGGGCCUGCAAUGAGGAAGCUCAUCUCCAUCCUAAAUCCCAUCUACUGGACCACUGCACAGGAAGUAGGAGAGGCCGUCAAUGGGUACACGCUAACACGUGGAGUCUUCAGGCGAGAAACACAGGUGGAAUUUGCCACAGGUGAGAUUCUGAGGAUGACCCACAUUGCCCGUGGACUAGACUCAGACGGAGCAUUGUUGUUGGACAUUGUAGUGAACGGACAUAUCCUGCAGCUGCCUUCACAUGUUGACAUCAGCAUCAAGGACUACACAGAGGACUACAUCCAAACAGGUCCGGGCCAACUCUACGCUUUGUCUACUCGUAUGUUCAGUAUUGACAGGGAGAGUGUGCCUUACUCUUGGAACCACACCAUAUCCUAUGACGUGUCUAAGGGCAAGAUGCCCUACCUGGUUGAGAUGCUUCAUGCAACAGCCAUCAGCGCUCAGUACCACGCCAUGGAAGAGCUGCUGGAGUACAGCAUCCAAGCUAGUAUCAGCAAGGGUGAUCGCAGCAACCAGUGUCCUCAUGGGUUCACUUUGGUCUCUGCUGGGCCGUACUGUGAAGAUGAGAAUGAGUGUGAGUUUGGGAACCCUUGUUCUCAUGCGUGUCACAAUGCCAUGGGCACCUACUACUGCUCUUGUCCCCUCGGGCUCACCAUCUCAGCUGAUGGCAGAACGUGUCAAGACAUUGAUGAGUGUUCACUGGGUGCAAACGUGUGUCAUGAUGGACAGGACUGCGAAAACACCAUCGGAUCAUACCGUUGUGUUAUGCGCUGCGGCCGUGGAUUCCGGAGAACAGCCGACGGCCUCAGCUGCACAGAUAUAAACGAGUGCCAGGAGUCCAAUCCAUGCAAUCAACAGUGUCUAAACACGAUUGGUAGCUAUCGCUGCGCCUGCGAGCCUGGCUUUCAACUCAGGAACCGACGCUGUGUUGACAUAAAUGAGUGCAGACAGAGGGUUUGUCGAUCCGACCAGCAGUGUAAAAACACCCGUGGUGGUUACAGCUGCAUUGAUCUAUGCCCUGGUGGUAUGACCAAGGGUGCCAAUGGGACAUGUGUAGAUAUUGACGAGUGCAGAGAUGGCACCCAUCAGUGCAGAUAUAACCAGAUCUGUGAAAACACCAGAGGUAGUUACCACUGCACGUGUCCACGUGGUUACAGAUCUCAGGGAGUGGGUCGGCCUUGUGUGGAUAUAAAUGAAUGUGACAGGCUUCCUCAGCCCUGUGCCCACCAGUGCAUCAACACUCCUGGCAGCUUUAAGUGCACCUGCCCGCCGGGGCGCCACCUACUGGGUGAUGGCAAGUCCUGUGCUGGGCUUGAGCGCCUGCCGAGUUACGAGAGUUACUCGUACGGCUUCCGAACAUCCCAGUCCUCACCUGAGCGCAGACCCCACCAGCGCCUCUACCACAACUUGGCCUCGCACAGCUACCACUCCUACAGGGGCCGUAGCCGCAGGGGAGCCCCCAUAGACUCCUCACAGCAGAGACCCCCAGCUUGUCAGGAGGGGUUUGUGUCCAGGGAUGGUCGCUGCUUAGAUAUCAACGAGUGUGAGGUGAGAGAUGCCUGCCAACACGAGUGUAUGAACACACCAGGGAGCCACAGGUGUCUUUGCCCAGCCGGUUACCACCUCAUGACUAAUGGCAAGACAUGCCAAGAUAUUGAUGAGUGUCUUGAGCAGAACAUCCAGUGCGGAGCCAACCGUAUGUGUUUCAACAUGAGAGGAAGUUACCAAUGCAUCGACACACCUUGUCCACCAAACUACCAGAGAGAGACCACCACAGGGUUUUGUCUGAAGAACUGUCCUCCAAAUGACCUUGAGUGCGCGCUGAGUCCUUAUGCCCUGGAGUACAAGCUCCUUUCUCUUCCCUUUGGCAUCGCAGCCAACCAGGACCUCAUCCGACUGGUGGCCUACACACAGGAUGGAGUGAUGCACCCCAGGACCACCUUCCUGGUGGUGGAUGAGGACGUCACGUUACCUUUCGCCCUUCGCGACGAGAACCUCAAGGGGGUGCUGUUCACAACGCGGCCUUUACGAGAGCCUCACACGUACCGCAUGAAGGUGCGAGCCCUCUCCUACAGCGAGGACGGGGCCAUCGAGUACCAGACCACCUUCAUUGUCUACAUCGCAGUCUCUGCCUACCCCUACUGAGAGCACUUUAAAUGACGAAAGGUGCACACAAGCGUGUUGUCCUCUGCAUGUGACACCACUGGGAUACUUUUGAGUCUACAUUGAGAGAAUAAACUGAGAAACAGACUUCAUUGUGAGCCAAUGAGAGCGAAAAGACAAAACAAGCCAUGAUUAUUUAUUUGUUAUCAUUCCUGCCAUCAUGUUUGUAAGGGCUCUGUCGAUUUUCUCCUGUAGCACAGAAGGACACCCCCCUAAAUUUGUUUAUUCUCCACUAUAUGGACAAAAGUAUUGGGACACCUGCCUGCACAUUACACAUACAAGAAGUAAAAAUAGAAAUAUUUGUGAGGUUUUUUUUGCUGUGCUUUGCGGAUCAGAAAAUUGGCCAGACAUUUCCAAAUGCAUAAUUCCAAAGACCAAAAUGUCUUCAAGGGAACUCUGUCCACAGGGCCAGUUGCAUUGAGACGGGUCGCUGGGUGAAAACGAUGUAAUAUAUAAGGCACACCUACCUGUGGCGCUGUAAACAAACACAGACAGAACCACGUGACACAAAACUGUAGAAGAAGAAAGAAACGCAUGCGCAUAAAGUCCGUCAUCUUCCACUUUCCAAGGCUGGUCUAGACUGACGACAAAGUGCAAUUUCUUGUGCGAGCCAUUUUGGAGUAUAAGACAACAAAAUACCAGGAGAAUGUCGACUUGGGUGAGUCAUGCUAGUCGAAGUAUUGACAUAUUUUGUUGGUUUGUCCAGACGGGGCGGUGACGUCAUUGUUUUCAUAUAGUGGCGGGUUACUUGUCUACAGCGACGACAGGCGUUUUAAAAAAAUACACGUUUCUGCGUGGGUAAAGGCUGAAACGAUAAAAUACCUGAAAAUGUUUUUGUGUGGACAGCCCCGAAGGUGUCCUAACAUUUUCCGCCGAGGGCCACAUACGGAAAAAAUUAAGAAUGUGGUAAGCCACUUUGAUAUUAUUCACUUGUUUUAAUUUUAUUUUUCCUUAAACACACUAAAGCAACACCAGUGUAGGUCAUAUUUCGAUAAUUAUUGUUGAUAUAUCUUGUUCAAACAUUCAAUACUUUCUGUGGCCCUAAUGCUCUGUCCAUCCAUCCAUCCAUCUUCUAUGCCGCUUAUCCUCAUUAGGGUCGCGGGGGUAUGCUGGAGCCUAUCCCAGCUGACUUCGAGCAAGAGGCGGGGUACACCCUGGACUGGUCGUCAGCCAUUCACACCUAUGGACAAUUUAGAGUCGCCAAAUAACCUAACAUGCAUGUUUUUGGAAUGUGAGUACCGAGAGAAAACCAACGCACACAGCAUGCAAAGAACAUGCAAACUCCACACAGAGAUGCCCAACGGAGAUUCGAACCCAGGUCUUCCUGAUCUCUGUGUGGCCAACAUGCUAACCACUAGGCCACCGUAAUUUUUGCUCUGUCAUAAUCUUUUAUUUUAUGUAUAGAAUAUUCCCUGACCGCAAAUGGCCUCCGGAAGGGCUCGAGUCCAACCCGUGUGAUUGACAAGGAGCCGUGUCCAGUGUCUUUUGUCUCUAUAGUGUAACUUAUUGGCAAGUACUUGAAGUAGUAGUAGUGAGUGAACCAAGUGGAAAGUGUCAGGGGGCGUCCCAUCAUACCCACACUAGAUCUAAAGAAUCCAAUGUGAUGUCAUGCUGCAUCCUCCACCAGCUGAUGCCAAGAUGUAUUUUAUUUUUAUGACUUUGUACAUACUGUAAGUGUUGCCUCAUGUACUGAUGUACUGUACUAAUUUUACCCGCCCCCCUCCCCUUUUUUAAUAAAAAUGAAAUGACAUCACAGUA